CGUGUUCUGAGACGGUUGACGGAGAAGUGUGCACCUAUUUUGUGAUAUCCAGUGUCUGUUUGUGCAAGUGUUUGACCAGGUUCUAGAGGCCGCACGCGUUUGGGGUGUUGUGUUCGGUUCAGCACGACGGUUGCAUCCGGUCAGUGUUCGCCGUGUGCCCGCCCCUCGCCCGGUGGGUACCUGAAUGCUGAAGAUGUCCUCCAUAUCCGCCCAGGGAGUGGUUGAGCGUGCCUCGGCCGAACUAUCGAAACGCAUCAACGGCCUUGGGCUGCGGUCGAAGCAUCAUCACGGGAGCGGCGGUGGCAGCGGCGCUGGCAGUGGCAAGUCGAGCGAGAAGGCCAGCGUGAUGGAGCGUGUCACGAAUGUCCUGUGCGGUGGUAGUAGCAGCAACAACAACAGCACCACCACCAGCAAUAGUGGCGGAACGGGCGCUAAUCUCAACAUACAGACCGCCGGCCAGGCACAGUCCGGUGGUGGUCAUGCGCCCGAAAAACCGUCCCGCGUUUCCAAUCCUUCCGGUGGGACCGUCGGUGGCGGUGGUGGUGGUGCUGGUGGAGGAGGUGGUAAGGGAGGAUCGUCCUCGGGCAUGCUGGGCAGCGGGGCGAACAAAUCCCAGUCCAACACACCUCAGUCGAUGCGAAAGAUCGGUCAGCAUCAGCACCAUCAGCAGCAGCAGCAGCAACAUCAACACGGGGCUGGUGGGCUGAACCACCAUCAUCAUGGGGGCAAACUUGGCCUGGCGCACGGCCAGGCACAGCUAGCCCUGCCACAGAUCCUGACGAUCGAGCAGCUGCUGCAGGAUGAACGGUUCUUGGGCCGGUUUUUCCUCUACUUCACGUCGUACGAACGCUGCACGCUGGCCCAGGUGUGCCAGAAGUGGCGCGAUCUGCUCUACCGCAGCCCCCGGUACUGGAGCGGCCUGGUGCCGGUGCUGCAGUGUCGGGAGCUGCGUCAGACCACCAACCAGGAUCGGGUGAAGCUGUACAACUCGCUGAUCCGGCGUAGCUUCCACGCCGUCUGCCUGAUGGGCGCGACCGACGAGGAUGCGCUCGAUCUGGUGCACUCGUUCCCGCUCGCCUCGAAGCACGUCCAUUCGCUCAGCCUGCGCUGCUCGUCGAUCAGCGAUCGUGGCCUGGAGGCCCUGCUCGAUCAUCUGCAGUCACUGUUCGAGCUGGAGCUGGCAGGAUGUAAUGAGAUUACCGAGGCCGGCCUGUGGGCCUGCCUGACCCCACGGAUAGUGUCGCUGUCGCUGGCGGACUGUAUCAACGUGGCCGACGAGGCAGUCGGGGCCGUAGCACAACUGUUGCCUUCACUUUAUGAAUUUUCGCUGCAGGCCUACCACGUGACGGACGCAGCGUUAGGUUACUUCUCGCCCAAGCAGAGCCACAGUCUGAGCAUUCUCCGGUUGCAGUCCUGCUGGGAGCUCACGAACCACGGUGUCGUCAACAUUGUGCACUCGCUGCCCCACCUCACGGUGCUGUCCCUGUCCGGGUGCAGCAAGGUGACGGACGAUGGUGUGGAGCUGAUUGCGGAGAACCUGCAGAAACUGCGCGCCCUCGAUCUGUCCUGGUGCCCGCGCAUCACGGACGCCGCCCUCGAGUACAUUGCCUGUGAUCUGAACCAGCUGGAGGAGCUGACACUCGAUCGCUGCGUUCACAUUACCGACAUCGGAGUCGGCUACAUUUCGACGAUGCUGUCACUGUCGGCCCUAUUCCUGCGCUGGUGCACCCAGAUCCGAGACUUUGGCCUGCAGCACCUGUGCUCGAUGCGCAACCUGCAGGUCCUGUCGCUGGCCGGCUGCCCGCUCCUGACCUCGUCCGGUCUUUCCAGCCUCAUCCAGCUACGACACCUGCAGGAACUGGAGCUGACCAACUGCCCGGGCGCGUCGCACGAGCUGUUCGACUAUCUGCGGGAACACCUACCGCGCUGCCUGCUGAUCGAAUAAGACCGCAUACCGCAUUCCCGUUAGACCGCACAACGCAAACACGAAGACAACGGCCUGGCCAGGGGGCACACUUCACGGCCCACGGUCUUUACCGCCCUCCAAGAAGGGCCGUCCUUUUAAUUAAGACUCCGCCAGAGCACAGGACUGCGGUCCUGUCCUAUUUCGCUGAGCCGCUUACAAACUUUUCUGACGAAUAUUACAACGCCGCACCAGCCCGAGCUGCGCUCUCUCGAUGUAGGAUUAGACGCGCCCCAUGCGAAAGGGACUUUCGUUUUCCAAACUUCUUUUCCUUCCAACGCAGGACGUAUCGCAGGUUUUUUGAUAAAUAUGUUUGCUUUUUUGACGCUUUAUACGCUAUACUCUUUGGAUUUGGAUUUGGAGAAGCUUUUGUUUUCGCCCCGACAGAGACCUUUCGAAGGACCCGAGCCAAGGGGGGUGUUUUUCUCGGUUUUCUCGAUUCCACUGUGCACACUCUGUGACUCCAACGAAAAAAACAAUCAACAUUUUUUUUGUACGAUCUUUAGCGAGUCACCGAGGAGGAGUUGGCUGCGGAGUUAGAUCUCAAAUUGUAAUUAAUUGGAUGCACCCACAAAGACAUUGGCGGGCGGGCGGGAGGAGCGCCGUUGGCCCAACGUGGAUGGCAUAAACUAUGAACUGUUAAUGGAUUGUUUUUAACCGUAAUGCUGAUAGAUGCAUAAGAUUGUUAUGGAAUAGGCGAACGCGGGAGAGCAAAAUCCACAUUGUGCAAACAAAAAUGAAACACAAUUUCAAAACGGUAGAGUAAAAAGUCAAGUACUAAAACGGCUGUGUAGAUAAGCGAAAUAGUGGGACGGGUGCGUUAAAAUGGCCGGGCUUCUCUGCAACACUACCGCGCGAGAUGCAUUAGCCGAUAAACGGAAAACCCAAUAUUGAACCUAUAUUACCAAGUGUUACUAGCGAAUAGAGGAUGCGAGUGUUUUGUGUGGGCAAACUUACGAUGAGAAAGUGGUUAAACUUUGAUGUUCGAUGGAAGAAACCGUAGUGUAAGGUGGAAGCAAAAGUUGCUGAAAUACAAAACUGAUCACGGUUGGGCAGAGCAGAGCAGAAUUGGCUGGAGCGGGCAUACCACCGAGCUGUAUGCGGAUCGCACCUUUAGCGGGCUCUGCUCUGCAGCAUUCCAACCGGAGGCCGUAGUUCGUUGAAUCAUUGGUACAAUUUGAUGCGUGAUGGGGCGGGUGGCAAUGCGACAGCCGGCUCGGGGCCCUGUUGGCCUGGUAGUAUUUGGUGUAAAUAUAUUUUUAAAAACCGGACCGAACAAGACUUAACGUUCCCUGCCGUUCCCCCAGCCCAGCCGUAGUAGGAAAAGUAGUCAAUACAAUUACAAAAUGUCGAACGUGUUGAGUGUGUCGAUGUGCGUGUGCGUGCGUGAGUGUGUGUGUGUUUGGAAAACAAGUAGAACUCUAUAUGAUAAUAUUAAAAAAGUACAUAAAAGUAACUUUACGAAGGCGGUAGCAUUAAACCUGUAGCGUAGGAAGGAACUCAAAAAUAUGACGCAAAAGCCCAGACCGGCUCACAUACCGACCGGUGGGUGUGCCCGGGCGGCGCAGAGAUGUAGUCUCCUCCUUCCUACGUAUAAGAACCUUUCGAUUCCCCUUAAAAUUAGCUCGUUCUUUUCCGAUGAUAAUAAGUUGGACACUACUAACCAGGCACGCAAGCAGCAGCCAAACAUGGCAUAACUGAGGAUAGGCCGAAUAAGAAGUAACCUAAUAAUCAGCAGCUAGUAGCUUGCGGAGGGAUGACAAAAGAUGGACAAACUUUACGAUAAUACAGCAGCAGCAGCUUUAGUAAGAAGGUUUAACGGCAGACUUCACUUCACGGUGGUAAACAGUAACACGUGUGCGAAUCGAUUGACAUCGUCCGCCCGGAAGCCCAUGUUAAACUUCUCUCAGAAAGCGAUCGCCCCGAUGCGGUAUGACUGAUGGAGCCCCGGGCAGGAUGCUGCUACUCGAGACAGAACAGGCCAGCCCUCGAUUGAAACGAUGAAGCUUAAUGAUUCCUUCCUUGCCCGCCGCCAACCGGUUCGGAGGGUCUGACUGAAGCAGGCGAGUGAAAGCCAGCGUUUCUGCGGACAACACGGGCCGGCUCUUGGUGGCAAAAGCACACAAACACUGAAUUGAUGCAAAACUAGAGGAAAUAUCCUUAUCCACUACAUAAGUGCACGCCGUAACGGUUCCACAAUCGGUUCGGUCUUACAACCGGUAGAAGCAAACAUUUUUAUUGUCCAAGCAACCAUUGGCUUAAGCGAAAACAAAAUUAAAUUACAGCACACUUUCCCAAGCUGCCCUGCUGUCCGAAGCUGGUCAGAAGCAAAAGUAUCAAAACCAUAAAGAGAAAACUUUAAUAGAGACCGAAAUGUAUAAAGCCGAAAGCUGUACGAGAGCUACAAAACUCAAUAA